UACAUAUAUUUUCCUUUCGUUUAGCCCUUCUGCUUCACCCCCCAAAACAAAGAAAGAAGCUACAGAGAGAAUAGCAAAGCCGCCGUGAAAAAUGGUCCAACGACUAACUUACCGUAAACGGCACAGCUAUGCCACCAAAUCUAACCAACAUAGGGUUGUCAAAACCCCAGGUGGAAAGCUGAUUUAUCAGAGUACUAAGAAGAGGGCUAGUGGACCUAAGUGCCCUGUUACUGGAAAAAGAAUUCAAGGGAUUCCUCACUUGAGGCCUACUGAAUACAAGAGGUCAAGAUUGUCCAGAAACAGGAGGACUGUGAACCGUGCUUAUGGUGGCGUGUUGUCAGGCAGUGCCGUACGUGAAAGGAUCAUAAGAGCCUUUUUGGUGGAAGAACAAAAGAUUGUGAAGAAGGUUUUGAAGAUCCAGAAAGCCAAGGAAAAGCUAGCUGCUAAGAGCUAAGCUUUUUAUGCUUGGCGAAGUCACUAGAGGAAUUUUCUGAUACUUGCAGGCUACCAGGAAUCGUGAAAAUGUAUUUUGAAUUUUGGGCUUAAGAUUUGUAUGUUGCUGGUUUUUGUUAAAAUGCUAUAUUUAAUGUUUUUCUAAAGUUUGUCGAAAUAUCUGUUCUGCUAGGUCUCUACUUCUGCCUUACUCUGGGUAUUUGAACUUCCUAUGGAUAUUUGAUGGUAUUUCAAAUCAGUAUUAGUUCCAGUUUUGCAUCUCAA